AUGACAUCACCACAUGAUCUCACAACGGAGCAAGGGCUCAGCGACUUUCUUGCUACGACCCAGUCAGCACACACCAGCGUGAAGUUACUUUCAGGCGGGACCGCAAACUACGUAUACCGGUGCACCAAACAAGAUGGAUCUACAAGCAUAUUCAAGCAUGCCGCACCAUACCUCCACAGCAACAAGAACUUUGCUUUUGACCCCACGCGAAUGGACUACGAAGCCAACAUCCUCACUCAACUCUCCUCCAAAAGCAACCCCUUCUUUACCAACUCACCAAGCACAACCGUACACGCCGUCCACCUCCUAAACUACAACAAAGAAAACAAGCUCCUCGAAAUCGAAGACGGCGGAACCCGCAACCUCAAAGACGCAUACACCUCCCCAGACCUCAACAUCCCCCAAAUCGGCCAGCACCUCGCAACCUGGCUCGCAGCCCUACACAACUCCUCCACCAACACCUCUCUCGCACUCGAAGAUCAAGACAGCAGUGCAAGAAAUAAUCCCAUCGGCGUCGCCAUAUACCGCCAUUCCUACCGUAACCUGCACCUCGCCCUCGAGCAAUUUGGCUACGACACCCAACUCGCGCACCGCAUUAACGAGGACUUUGGCAGUCUACUCACUACAGACGAUGAGUGCGUGUGCCACGGCGACUUCUGGCCUGGCAACGUGCUCGUACGUAUGAGCGAGACGCAACCGCCCAGUCUGACGAUUGUGGAUUGGGAAAUGGUGCGUAGAGGUACCAGUGCAACGGACGUUGGACAGUUUGCCGCGGAGGCGUUCUUGCUUGAUCGGUUUCGAGGGGGGAGGGGUUUACUGGUGGCGUUUUUGCGCGCGUACAUGGCUGAGAGGAAGGGUGGUGAGGUGUUGGGCAAGGUGUGGCUAAGGAGGCUGGUGGUGCAUUGGGCGGUGCAUGUGGCGUUCUGGCCUACGCGUGUGGAAUGGGCGGAUGUGGCUGGCACGCAGAAGCUGGUGGAUAUUGGGGUUGGUGUGUUGGAGAGUGUAUUGCAGGAUGACUGGGACAAGGUACUGGAGUCGCCGUUAUCGAAGGAUGUCAGAGAUGUUUUUGCGCAGAUUCUAGAAAGAGUAUGA